AUGGCGAAGGGCGCGGGAGGGAAGCUGAGCAAGCUCAGGUGUAUGAUCAAGCGCUGGAACUCCUCCGGCCAUAUCACCCGCUCUAGUUCCGUCGCAUCCGCCUCUGCCAGGGCUUCCUCCCGGUCCCAGGACGGCGAGGGGUGGCUGCAUUCCGCGUCGUUCCACGGAGACGCGGUUCCGCCGGGGCUUCACCCGGUGUACGUCGGGAAGUCUCACCGGAGGUACCUCGUGAGAGACGACCUCGUCUGCCACCCACUCUUCCGGGUACUCGUCAAACGGUGCAGCGACGGCGCUGAUGCGGAGACGGUGGUGGUUGGGUGCGAGGUGGUGAUGUUCGAACACCUGCUGUGGAUGCUGGAGAACGCCGAGCCGCAGCCCGAGUCGCUGGACGAGUUGGUCGAGUUCUACGCCUGCUGAUAGAGGCGGAGCAAUGUAACCGCUGUGGAGCUCAACGAAACUAAGCCGCAGGGUAUAUAUUAGAUAUUUAUUUUAUGUAGGGUUGAUUCGGUAAGAAUGUAAAAAAAAAAGAAAAGAAAGGGCAGAGAAUACAGAAUUGGAGAAAGAACAAAAGGACCCAUUAACUAGUGUAAAUUACUAUUUAGUCCCUGUGCAAGCCCCCUUUUCCUGCUUGCUCUAAUUUCUUCAAUUGCAGAUGCGUAUCAAAUUAAAU